AAAUGUUUUCUUUUUAGUUUUUUACUUGCAAUUUGCAAACACAAUCUUCAGAAACAGAACCCCUCUUCUUCGACAGCAUCCAUGGAUGAAAUCAAGAAACUCUGAACGAUUUCACACCGGUAAGCUUAUACUUCGCAUCUCUAAUUACUAUAUUUAUUCACUCUGAUUCAAGUACCCCCAAUUUCUUUACUUAUAAACCCCAAUUUAUCAAUCUUUAGCUGAAAUCAUCAUGAUCAAUCUUUUUCGAAGAAAACUCCCAAUCAGAUCUUUUAUUGUAAACCCAUUUCAAUACGUAUCCCAUGAAUCAAAAGGUGUAAUCUUUCCUGCAUCUGAUCCCCUUAAACCCUAUGAAGAACCCCAAUUUAGGGUUUUAGCAACUAAACCCUAUUCAACCUCAAAGUUCCCUGAAUAUGAAAUGCCGACAGUUACAUGGGGUGUUGUUCAUGGUAGAAAAGAGAAACUUGUGUCUAGAGUAAUAAUAUGUGAUUACUUGAAAAGCAUAGGAAUAAUCCCUGAUGAGUUAGAGGAAGUCGAGUUACCGUCGACGGUUGAUGUGAUGCGUGAGCGCGUAGAGUUCUUGCAGAAGAUAGGGUUAACGAUUGACGAUAUUAACGAAUACCCGUUAAUGCUUGGUUGCAGUGUUAGAAAGAAUAUCAUUCCUGUGUUGGGAUACUUGGAGAAAGUAGGGAUUCAACGGUCGAAAAUGGGCGAGUUUGUCAAGAAGUAUCCGCAGGUGCUUCAUGCUAGUGUGGUUGUGGAGCUUGUGCCCGUCGUUAGGUUUCUUCGUGGAUUAGAUGUUGAGAAACAAGAUAUCGGGUAUGUGUUAAUGAAGUAUCCUGACCUGUUAGGGUUUAAGUUAGAAGGAACGAUGAGUACUUCGGUUGCGUAUUUGGUGAGCAUUGGUGUUAAUCCGAGAGAUAUCGGUCCCAUGGUGACGCAGUAUCCGUACUUUUUGGGGAUGAGAGUCGGGACGAUGAUAAAACCGUUAGUUGAGUAUCUGGUUUCGUUAGGAUUACCUAAAGAAGUGUUGGCGAGAAUGUUUGAAAAGCGCGCGUAUCUAAUCGGUUACGACCUCGAAGAAAUGGUCAAACCGAACGUUGACUGUUUGGUUAGUUUCGGAGUUCGAAAGGAGGUGUUAGCUUCCGUUAUCGCUCAAUACCCGCAAAUGCUUGGGCUUCCUUUGAAAGCUAAGUUAUCAACACAACAAUAUAUUUUCAACUUGAAGUUAAAGAUUGACCCCGAAGGGUUUGCGCGUGUGAUCGAAAGAAUGCCUCAGGUAAUCAGUCUUGGUCAAAAUGUGAUAAUGAAACCGGUUGACUUUCUUCUUGGACGGGGUAUAUCAGUAGAAGACGUUGCUAAGAUGAUCGUGAAAUGCCCGCAGUUACUUGCUUUGCAAGUCGGUUUGAUGAAAAAUAGCUUUUACUUUUUCAAGAGUGAAAUGGGAAGGCCUUUGAAAGAGUUGGUUGAGUUUCCUGAAUAUUUUACUUACGGUCUCGAAUCAAGAAUUAAACCACGGUACCAAAGAUUGCAGCAUAAGGGGAUUAGGUGUUCGUUAUCUUGGUUUCUUAAUUGUAGCGAUCAAAGAUUUGAAGAAAGAUUGUAUGCAGAUUAUAUUGAAACUGAGAUUCAAGGGCCAUCAUUUGUUAUGGGCGGGAAAUUGGAUCUACCGGGUAAUCAAAUGGUAUCUGAUGAUGAAGAUGAAAGUGAUGAUGAAAUACUUUAUAGACGUACGGUUUCUCUUUAAUCAUACAUGUAUUUGCUACACUAAUGUAUUGAGAUUUUGUUAGUUUUUAUUUAAAGUUAUCGGUUUUGACA